AUGAAGAUCUUUUUGCAAAUAACUUUGGUCGCAGUUCUCUCCACAAUUGGCACUGCAGAAAAAAAAUGUGUAGAAGUUCCAACUCAAGUAAAUGAGGCUUGUAGUCUGUUACUUGACAGUGGAUCAACUCCAUGCCCUGAAGCUGUAUUACGAUAUUAUUAUCAAAGUACGUUCGAUUUAUGCGAAUCAUUACAAUAUUUUGGUUGCGAUGGUGAAGUUUCUACCCUCUAUGUGAUGAAAGUCCAUUUGGAGGAUCAUGUAGAGGACAAGAUUUAA